CACCUGGCCUGCUGGACUGAUGACUACUAGCGUGACCGCACUUCCUGACCAAGAGACUGGCCAGAUAAAGAUGCUGCAUGUCCACAUAGUCAGAUUUCGAGAGUCAUCUGGGGUGGCGUUGUUCAUCAGUAGUUGCCAUGGUGUUGCGGACGGUACCGGCUUCUACAGUUUCGUAAAUCGCUGGGCAGACGAAAUGCGAGCAUUGCUGACUGGAGUGCCUGCGCCUGAGGUAAGUGUCUGCUUUGAUCGUGCAGUUCUUAUCGGUGAUCCUACUGAUGAGAGAGCCGAAGUUGAUGAACUUCACCGGCUUGGUACUACGAACCCUCCGCCUGUAGCAAUAGCCUUGUCAUUGCUUUCCCCAAUAGAGCGCAACAAGGCAAUUCAUGCCAGUAUGCCAAAUGCUAACCACCAAGGCUGCCUCUACCGGAUCGAUCACGACAAGCUUGCAUGUCUGCGAGAUGGUGUGCAGAAGUGCACAGUGGAUGGCCCCCGGGUUUCAAUUAACGAUGCCCUGAGCGCACUGAUCGUCAAGACAGUGUCUCAGGCGCAGUCUGCAAAUAUUUCUGGGUCUCUUGACCAGCCAAACAAGCCUAGUGAUGGUGCACAUCUCCAUUUGACCACUAUUGUAUGCGAUUCCCGGCACCGUCUCGGUAUAUCUGACAUGAAUUAUAUUGGAAAUGCCCAGUAUAUGUCCAUGGUAACAAGCACGGUCGAGAGGAUCAUCCAGGCGACCACGUUGGAGACGUUGGCCGAGGUUGCAGUCAAUAUCAGACAUACUGUCAACCGCGCACAGGGGCCGCAGAUACGAGCCUAUUUUGAUGUGCUAAACCAGAACCCAACCCUUUUCAUGAGUCCGGCAAUCAUGGAAAAACUGUAUGGGCUACAUACAACCAUAUCGAAUCAGUCUCGGUUUGGACUGUACGACAUAGACUUUGGAUAUGGAGCCGCAGAUUUUGUUACUAGUCGCCCCACUCGAUUCGCUGGCAUAGUCAGCAUCCUGCCUGGUCGCCCACCAAGCAAGGAUGUGUAUAUUUCCAUUACUGACACACCAGCAGUGCUUGAGAGUAUCUGCAACAACAAGUUUUGGAGACGCUUUGCUGAUUUUGUUUACUAA